CCCGGCGCUUUCCUACCGCCUCUCCCAGGCGCAAGCCCGGCCCGAGGAAAUUGCCCUUGAAGCCACGCUUCCUGCUUUCUCUCCUCUUCCUCCCCUGAAGUCUGUCUGCACAAAAUGUUCAGGUGCGGCCUGGCCUGCUGGAGGUGCAGAUGGCUCCUGCCCCUUCUCUUGGGUUUAGCCAUCAUCCUUGGCAUCAUUGCAUUGGCUGGCAAGGGAUGGUUGGAGUCGGCCGAAGCCCCGUACGUGCGUAAAGCCUGGUUGUGGCGGGACUGUCACAAACAAAACCCCAAGGACGGGGAAUGGAUCUGCAAUUCUCUCAUGGAUUACAGUUGGGGCAGAGCUGCUGCUGCUACUUAUCUUGUUGGUUUUAUCAUCGUCUGCAUCUGUUUCUGCUUAGCAGUCAUAGCAUUUUCCAUUGAAAUACUGCGGUUUAACUUUGUUCGAGGAAUUGGAGGCUUGCUUUUUGUUGCUGCUGCUUUCCAGAUUUUAAGCUUGGUCAUCUAUCCAGUGAAAUACACCGAAGAUAUUAUAUUGACAGGAAGCAACAUGUUCAGUUGGGCUUACGGCUUUGGUUGGGCAAGUACAGUGAUUGUGAUAGGUUGUGCGUUCUUUUUCUGCUGUCUUCCCAACUGGGAAGAUGAAGUCCUGGGUAACAUAAAACCCUACAGGCAUGAUGGCAUAUAACCUGCGCGGACUUAAUAGAAACUAUUUCUAGGGAAUAAAGCAAUAUUGUUUCUGACAUAGGAUUAUUUGUUUGUUUGAAUAACAAAUGCAGUUUAUUUUUAGACAUCCCUAUUUUCAGACUUAUUUUAUUAAAAAGAUUGCAUUCUGAAUUUUGAUAACUAAAAACAAUUCCCUUCAGGAAUUAAUUGGUUUUUGUGGGGGACAGAAGCUUUGGCAAAGUGAUAUGUUCCAAGAUAGUAAUAUUUUACUGAGUAUAUAUAAAGGGGUGCGGGGGGGUUAACUGUUGGACAAUUGUAAGCUUUUGUUUUUUAGCCUGUAGUUCAAACUCCUUACCCAAUAUACAUUAAUAAAAGAAUGUUUGAAAGUGUAGCUAUUUAUACAUUCGGUACGCAAUCGUCUAAGCACUGGAUUCUGCUAAAAUUUUAUUAUUUUACUGGCAUUUCUGCUGCAACAAUGCUUCAUAGCUUACUUGAUAUUAAAAAAUGAACAUGUAUGUGCAGGUAUCUCACACUAAAGAAUUUAUGUGAUAACCCACCCACCCCAUCAUUGGAUGCUUCUAGAUGAGGUUAUGAAUAUGAUAACUCUGCUCUAUUGAGAUAAUUAGUGUCGGGAAGUUAGCCAUUUUGUGUUUCUUGGGAGAGAAAGCGUAAAUGCAUAAUGCUAUUGGUGGUAAAUGCCAAGGCUCUUCCAUCUGAAUUUACCUGCGUACUUCUGAACAGCUGGCUGGGUGACCUUGGGCCAGUCCCCCUCUCUCAGCCCAAGAGCCAAUCAGGCGUAGUAGGAGAGUUCUAGUCCCAUCUGAGGCAUAAAAGCCGGCUGGGUGACCUUGGGCCAGUCACACACACUCAGCCCAGCUCACCUCACAGGGUUGUUGUUGUGGGGGAAAUAGGAGGAGGAAGGAGUAUCAGGUAUGUUUGCUGCCUUGAGUUGUUUAUAAAAAUAAAGGGAUAGAAAAUAAAUAAAUAAAAUACGGCAUAUGUCUCAUAAAUUGAAAUUAGGCAGAAGCUAAAACUUUAGAAUUAUACUUUGAAUUUCCCUUCUCCCCAAUAUCUGAUAUUACAACUUUAUUCUCAGUAUAUAUGGAUUUAAAGCAAAAAACAAAAACCCAGAUAACUGUUAGAUUCCCCAAUUUAUUAGACAACAAAAGGAAGCUGGUACAGUAUAUUGAAUAGCUGCAAUUCGAAACGUGCUUCUCUGCUGCCAACCUUCUCAUCUCAUUUUAUCACCACACCCCAUACGCUUAUCUAGGAUUCGAAUGGCGUUGAAUCAAAGGGUAGAUUAGGAUAGCUCCCAUGAGUGGUUGAUUUUUCAAAAGGGUAGAAUACCUCUAUAAGGUGGUUUUACAAGGCAGUUAAACUUUUGGAUAAGGUUCUUCAGGAUUAAUUAAUCAGUAGUGGACUAAUAAUCUAGACUGAGCUUUCCAAAUUCAAGCAUUUACAGUGUAAUUCACAGGUAGGCAGUGUGGUACCUAUGGGCACAGUAUACCUGAGGACAGCUCCAGUGGGGCUAGUCAGGUGCCUGAAGCUCUGGAUUUUAUUUUUUAAUUAAAUUAUAUGGAAUGCUUCCAUGCUGCAAAGCAAAGUGCCAGCCCAUGACAUUUUAUUUAAAAUAAUGCCUCUGGAUCUCAUGUAGACCGCCCCCCCACCCCAUGUUGUUCCAAAAUAAAAGUAGUACUUGGGUAUAAGCCUAGCACUUUAUCUGCCUAGGAAAAGAAAGGCAAUGAUAAAUUGCAGUGGUACAAAGCAUUGGUGGAAUGGGCUAAAUGGGAAUAACCACGUCAUUUUGCCUUUUUAAAGGAUUUCUGUGAUUUGCUGCCCACCUACCAACACACCCUGUGGCAGCCAUUGUGUAAACAGAUACACCUUUGGCAGUCAGAUUGCCCAAAUGCCUACAGCACACUUUCAAAAUUCCAACUCUGCCUGUCAAUCCUGGCAUAAUUCUAUGGAUGUCUAGUCAGCAACAGAACACAGAGUUCAGUAGGUCUUAAUCCUAAAUAAACACAGAGAAGAUUGCAGAGAAUUAAAUUCCAUUAAUUUCAGUAAUAAAGUUAAGCAAUCACUGAAGAUAUUAUCAUGGGUGGAAUCCCUGAUUAGAAUAUGUGAAAACUUUAACACCAUUAAAUCCAUUGUUAAUCUGACAGCCCUCUGAGUGUACAGUAUAUUAGUAAAAAAAAGUCUACCAUAUAUUUUGUACCUUUUGGUAGAAGCUUAUUUUGUACUUGCAGAAAUAUUGUAUAUUCCCAUGUAUAAUUUCAGAUAUGACUGUUUUGUAAGUUUACGAUGAUUGUUCUCAAAAGUAAUCCACCCACUGUUGCAUGAGUUGAUUAAUAAAAGUUGCUUAAGGUACAUAAGAAA